ACGCGCCACCACCAAAUCCCGAGAACUCGGAAUCGUCUCCUCCGAACUCGAGAAAACUCCCACUGGAAAUGUCGUGCUGCGGCUCCACCUCCUCCCCCUUCCUCCCCCUUCCCCUCCGCCUCCCCCGCUCCCACGCCCAAACCCUAACCCUAACCCCUCCACGGAGAGUCCGACCCUUCUCCUCCUCCCUCUCCGCCGCCCCCUCCGUCUCCGACCCCUUCGUCCUCGAGAUCGCAGAGAAGCUCGAGGACUCCCUCUCCUCCUCCCCGAUCCAAUCCCUUCCUCCUCUCCAAACCCUAAGGGAGUCCUCCUCCCGAUCCCUCCUCUCCACGCCGUGGCCGACCCGGAAAUCGGAUCCCUUCCGCUUCACCGAUAUCUCCUACCUACGUAAGUACCCUCUAGUCCCCACCCAAACCCCUGCGAUUCCUUCUUCUCCGAUCGAUUCGCCGUUCUCCAACCUCCUCGUCAUCGUCGAUGGCGUGCUCGCCCCUUCUCUGUCCCGGCUAUCCGCACUCCCGGAUGGGGUUUUCGUUGGAAGCAUCGGCAAUGCCCCCGCGGGAGCUCUCUACGAUCGGAUUCAAUCCGUAUUAGCUUCUGGAAGUGAGUUCGAGAAGGAUUUGUUUUGGGAUUUGAACAGUGUGGGCGCUCUUGAUGUUGCUGUGAUCUAUGUGCCUUUGCGAGUGCGAAUGUUGGAGCCGAUUCAUGUGCAGUUCGGGUAUAGUGGCGGAGCUGGGGAAGGGGAAGAGAUCAUGGCGAUGUCGAACCCUAGGGUUUUGGUUGUGGCAGAGGAGGGAGCAGAGGUCGCAUUAGUGGAGGAGCACUUUGGAGUGGACGGGGGCGAGGAGAAGUGCUAUUGGGCUAAUCCGGUAAUGGAGAUUGUGGUCGAAGAUGGUGCGAAGGUUUCGCACUCAUACGUGCAGAGGCAGCCGAUAAAGGCGGCCCAUGUCAAAUGGACAGUUGCUCGGCAGAAAUCAUCGAGCACUUACAACCUCGUUGAGGUAAAUACAGGUGCGAAAUUAAGCAGGCACAAUCUCCACAUCCAGCAGUUAGGCCCUGACACUGUAACGGAAUUGUCUUCAUUUCACUUGUCGUCUCGAAAUAAGCAGAUACAUGACCUGCAUAGCAGAUUAGUCCUGGACCAUCCUCGAGGGUACUCUCGGCAGCUUCACAAGUGCAUAGUUUGUGAGUCAGAAGCACAUGCUAUAUUUGAUGGAAACAUCAAGGUCAACAGGUUCGCACAGAACACCGAUGCCGGCCAGCAAGCAAAGUGCCUCCUCUUGGCGCCUCAAGCGCUCGUACAUGUGAAGCCAAACUUACAAAUCGUCGCAGAUGAUGUCAAAUGCUCGCACGGAGCCGCCAUAAGUGACCUCGAAGAUCAGCAGCUUUUCUAUUUCAGAGCCAGAGGGGUGGACUUGAAGACGGCGAGGGAUGCUCUUAUUUUCUCCUUUGGGGCCGAGGUGGUGAGGCAGAUUCCAUUUAAGCCCAUCCAGGAGAAGGUGGCAAAUGAGGUUAAAGAAUUGUUUACAUCCCUAUGAAUGAAAGCAUUGGAUUAGCAGCUUCCUUUGCUGCCUUAUCAUUAUUAUUGUAGGCUGAUGGAAGUUUUUCACUUGGAAUUAUUUAAAACCCGAUUUGGUGAAAUUUUUUGUUGGAAAAGUGAGAGGUGUCGAUAUGGUUGUGCAAAUAUUGUAGAGGAUGCUGUUGUGCUAUUUAGUUCAAUUUUGUUGAGUGUUCUCUGUAAGCCGGACCAAAUGUUUUUGCUGGGAUAUGAACCGUCAUUUGAUA